GGGAGCGCCUGGACUACCCCUCCCGUAAUGCGCUGGGGGGAGGGGCGCGGCAAACGACCCGUCGCAGCCGCUCCCCGUGAGGCAGCGGCCGUUGGGUUCCCGCCCCUCGCGCCGGUGUGAUGACGCACGCAGCCUGGCGCUCUCUGAUGAUGGUGCUGGGGGCGUCAUGGCUGCUGGGCGGGAGGGAAGGUGAAGGCUGGAUCCACAUCGCCCCAGGAGCUGCCAGACUGAGCCCCACCCAGAGGAGGGAGCAUUGUGGAAAACACUCAUUGGCACACAGGACAGAGGGAGCUGACCAUGCCUGGCUUGUGAAAAUUUAACACUAAUCCUGAAACGCAAUGUCCCUGUUGUUCACUUACUCCAAGUCCAUAGUUGCUGUAAAGAAGGAUAAAAGACACAUGGCCGAGGUAAAUGCUUCUCCACUCAAACAUUUUGUCACUGCAAAGAAGAAAAUCAAUGGCAUCUUUGAACAGUUGGCUGCAUAUAUCCAGGAGAGUUCCACAUUCCUGGAAGAAACACACAGGAAUGUGGAACUUGACCCUGUCACCACAGAAGAGCAGGUAUUGGAGGUCAAAGGAUACCUGUCAAAAGUCAGUGGCAUUAGUGAGGUGCUGGCGCGGCGACACAUGAAAGUGGCUUUUUUUUGGCAGGACAAGCAAUGGAAAAAGUACAGUGAUAAAUGCAAUGCUGUGGGAUAAAGUCCUUCCCUCGGGGAUUGGACACACCACUAAUUGUUUCCUGCGUGUGGAGGGGACGGACGGUCAUGAUGCGUUCCUACUUACUGAAGGCUCAGAGGAGAAGAGGAGUGUCAAGACAGUCAACCAGCUGGCCCAUGCUCUCCAUCAAAAUGAAUUUCUGAAUGCUGGCAGCCUGGUCAGUGUUAUGUGGCCUAAUUCCAAAUGUCCUCUCUUAAAGGAUGAUCUGGUGCUUAUGGACAGCCCUGGCAUUGAUGUAACCACAGAGCUGGACAGCUGGAUUGACAAGUUUUGUCUGGAUGCUGAUGUAUUUGUGUUAGUGGCAAACUCGGAGUCCACGCUGAUGCAAACGGUAACUCGAAUUCCACUUGUAAAGGCUUGCUGGUUUGGGGUAAAUGCUCUGAUGCUUUGCAUAUUGAUAUGGGAUUUCUUUGACCAGGAGAAGCAGUUCUUCCACAAAGUGAAUGAGCGUCUGUCUUGCCCCAACAUAUUUAUCCUGAAUAACCGCUGGGAUGCAUCAGCUUCAGAACCUGAAUACAUGGAAGAGGUCCGUCGACAGCACAUGGAGCGCUGCACCAGUUUUCUAGUGGAUGAACUGGGUGUGGUGGAUCGAGCACAGGCUGGGGACCGCAUCUUCUUUGUGUCAGCGAAGGAAGUGCUAAAUGCCAGGAUUCAGAAAGCUCAAGGAAUGCCGGAAGGAGGUGGAGCAUUGGCAGAAGGAUUUCAAGUAAGAAUGUUUGAGUUUCAAAACUUCGAGAGGAGAUUUGAGGAAUGUAUCUCACAGUCUGCAGUGAAAACAAAGUUUGAGCAGCACACAGUGAGAGCCAAGCAGAUUGCUGAAGAUGUUCGCCUCAUCAUGGAUUCUCUGCAUAUUGCUGCCCAGGAGCAGAGGGUUUACUGCCUGGAGAUGCGAGAGGAACGACAGGAGCGCUUGGGUUUUAUUGACAAACAGCUGGAGCUGCUCACUCAAGACUACAAGGUGAAAAUAAAACAGAUCACAGAAGAAGUAGAAAGACAGGUGUCGAAUGCAAUGGCUGAAGAGAUUAGGCGGCUCUCAGUGUUGGUAGAUGACUACCAGAUGGAUUUCCACCCAUCUCCAGUUGUCCUCAAAGUUUACAAGAAUGAACUACAUCGACACAUUGAGGAGGGUUUGGGCCGUAACAUGUCAGAUCGAUGCUCUAAUGCCAUCGCUGCUUCCUUGCAAACCAUGCAACAAGAAAUGAUCGAUGGUUUAAAGCCCCUUCUCCCAGUGUCUUUACGGGGUCAGAUAGACAUGCUGAUCCCCCGGCAGUGCUUCGCACUCAGCUAUGACCUGAACUGUGACAAGCUUUGUGCCGACUUCCAGGAGGACGUUGAAUUCCAUUUUUCUCUUGGAUGGACAAUGCUUGUGAAUAGGUUUUUGGGACCAAAGAACAGUCGCCGGGCCUUGAUGGGCUAUAAUGACCAGAUUCAACGUCCUUUACCUUUAACCCCAGCGAAUCCCAGUCUGCCUCCCCUACCCCAGGGUUCUAUGACCCAGGAAGAGCUCAUGGUGUCUAUGGUGACUGGAUUGGCAUCACUGACUUCCAGAACUUCCAUGGGGAUCCUCGUGAUUGGUGGAGUGGUCUGGAAGGCUGUGGGCUGGAGACUGAUUGCUCUCUCUUUUGGCCUUUACGGGCUCCUUUAUGUAUAUGAGCGCCUCACGUGGACUAUGAAAGCGAAGGAGCGAGCCUUCAAACGCCAGUUUGUGGAGUAUGCGAGUGAGAAACUGCAGCUCAUUGUCAGCUACACAGGCUCCAACUGCAGCCACCAAGUCCAACAGGAGCUUGCUGGGACAUUUGCUCACUUGUGUCAGCAGGUGGAUGUCACACGGGAGACUCUUGAGCAGGAAAUUGCUGCCAUGAAUAAAAAAAUUGAAAUCCUGGACUCGUUGCAGAGCAAAGCAAAACUGCUCAGGAAUAAAGCAGGCUGGCUGGACAGUGAACUCAACAUGUUCACACAUCAGUACCUGCAGCAGAGCAGAUAAUAUGGGAAGGCAAAAAAACAUUUCCCUUCAGUGCUCUCUUAACCGCUGCAGAGAACAUGGUGGGUGAUGGAAUCCCUAAGGAGGAUGAGCAAAAGCAAGUUGUUGCGUGGUCUAUCACCAUUUGAACUAUGGGACUCUGCUUUCCUGUGUCAUGUCCAACCUCUCAACACACAUUUAUAGCUCUUCUCACCUGCCACGGAGAUUAGGAGGAAUUUCUGCUUCAUACACUUACAGGGGGCUUUUGUAAUGCAGAAUGAAGUAUGGUGGUGAUCAGGGGUUUUUUUUAAACAUCUCACUAGUCACCAAAGUUUAUCAAGUUCAGAUUUAUUCUAACAAAACUUCACCCUUGAUGAAUUACCACCUUAAUAGAUAAAGAUGGAUCUUGAUAAUCCUUUGAGGUACAAAGUCACAAGAUCAGAUGUGUGUGAAAAGCAGCUAGUCAUCUAAAUGCAGAUCAUUUCUCUCCCUCACACCCAUGCAUCUAGAGGCCCAUCACUAUCAGCCCAUGCAGAGACCUAUCUACACUUCUCAGUUACUCUUCAACUGCAAUACAACGGGAGAGAGACUUGCUGCUCUUUUUCUUUCCAUGGAGAAGUGUCCGUGCAAAUAAGACCCAGGAACAGAAAACAAAUCUUUUUGGUUGGGGGUUGGGAUCCUGCUGUAGUAAGUUCCUUCUCCUGGUCUCUUUGGGUUUGGGGCAUCUUCCUCUGCAAGCCCUUCAGUUUAAGAAAGCUCUUUGCCUAGUCCAGUGUUACUUGAGAGACAAAUCAUGACAGAGACAAAACUGGCUGUCAUCAUUUAGUUAUUGUGGAGUUAGUGGAAUGAACAGUUGCAUUUGGUGACCAGGUAAAUUGGUAUCUUAUUGAGGAAGAUGAGCAGGAUCUCAGACGGGCCAGUCGGCAGUGUGUGAAUAGCUACUUUAUGAAAUAUAUAGACAAAUGUGUUUUUUCAGAGUGUGUGUGUUCUGGGAUGCAGGCAUCUGGAAUUCCAUUAUCACUACAUGGCCUUUAGGACCGGGUAGAUUACAAGCUGUAGGAGAUCUUGCUUCAUGUAGAGCUUCCAUAGGAUGUUACUGUCUGCAUUAAUGUGGUUCAGUUUGGGUUUUUGUUUUUGUUUUUAAGGUAGACAACAGAAUGAAGAUGGGCUGAUCCAGUGCAGCUCAUAUGGAGCCAAGGAGAUGUGUAUUGGUGUGGAAAUUCCAUGCCAGGAAAGCAAUGGGUCGCCAUAACUUUCUAAGCUUUCCUUUAUUUGUAAACAGAUCAGAUUGCAUUUAGGGCAAACUCCAAAACCAGUUUAAUUCUGAACAUAUUCAGAACAAUGUGGGCCUGACAUUGUUACCAUUGAAAACUGGGGGUAAAACUCCCACUGCCUUCAGUAGGAUCAGGUUCUCUUCUCUCUCUCUCUCUCUCUCUCUCUCUCUCUCUCUCUCUCCCACCCCCAGUUUGUUAGGAAGCUUUCUUCAGGUGGGGAAGAUGCUUAUUCACCUGAUAAGGUGUCUUUUUCCCCUGGCAUGUCUCCAGAAGUCAGAGAUGUCUCCAAAGAAUCCAGAAUGAGUCCCUGUGGGCUAACUCUAAGGAGGUCCCAGCUGAGUUUAGAAAGACUGAAGGGAGUUUGUCAUAUUGACAAUGAUGCUUGAAAAUGGUAUCAACUGGCUUUAGAAUGAUUUCUUGCUCAAGUACAGAUGUCUAUACCCAUGUGCUAGCAACCAGCGUACUUGCUUCUCAUCUAGUCCCAGAAAGGAGGAGGGAGAUGUUAUCCGGUGUCUGAGGGAGGAUAAAUAGUGAAGUAGCAUUAAGCCAGUUAGGUUAUUUUAACCUCCAAGUACUAGGAUUUGGGAUUUUCCAGUGGAUUAGCACAGGGUGAUGGUAGACUGGGAGUUCUGUUAAAUUCUUGUCACAAGAAGCAAGUCAGUUGCAUUUUGGGAUGGAAAGGAGGAGAAUAGAUCCUGCCAGGAGAUGAGCGAUGGGAUAAUAGAAUGUUUCACUUCUAGCUUGCUGGUUUGAAUCCAACUCAAACUGGAAAGUCAUGGCCUUCUGAUGGCUCUUCCACAGCCUUUGGGGAAUGGGAAUAAUUUAGUCUGUUUCCUAAAGAAUGUGUGUUCACAUCACAGUUACCAUCACAGCUUGCAGUAACUUGCUCCUGAGGUCGAAGACUGAAUAGGCCAAGAGACUGAAUUCUUGCCUCUGCAGGUGGUUUCUCCAGCUCAUUGUUGUUGGUGUAUAUGUAAGAAGAGGCAGCCUUAGCGUGUCCUGCUGAUAAACUCGACCCUUCAGACUGCAGGGCCACUAAUCCAGCGUUACAGUAGGCUGUAUGGUUUGCUGAUGAGUCAAAACAAUAAGCAGAUCUCUGCUGCAGUAGGAAAUUUUCUUCCUGAGUGCAGGAAGGAUAAUGCUAUGCUACAUGGGGACUCUGGAAAGUGCUGAUGUGACUUUCUGGGAUGUUCAUUGCUCAAGUGGCCAGGUCUUUGUGCAGACUCGAGGACGUAAUUUGAUAAGUGGCAUAGGUUUCAAAUCAGACACACCACACUGUAUUGUGGUCUUUGAACCCCCUUUUGAGGUUGGUAGAAGUGAAACAGGGUAUCUUGCUAUUGAGUUGAUAUUGCUAAUGCUUUCUUCAGAGAUUUUUGGGGACUUGGGCAUUCUCACUAUGGCAGUGAAAUCUGGCCUGUAGAGCAAGGGGUAAGAAUUUCUUGAACCUUUUUUAAAGCAAAAUUGCUAACACAGGCAGAAAAAUGUUCUUAAGGGUAUCUAACCCUAGCCACUAGAGUCUGGAGAAGAUCGCCUUAUGCAUGUUAUAUUAACAGAAUCAAAGUUGAACAUAAUUGCCAAUUAAUUUGAUUCUUCUAAAACUAAAGCAAAAUACAACUGAACUCCUUUAAUACAGACUGGUGGAAGAGUUCACACUGUUGCUAUAUACUACAUAGAGAGUUCACCUCUGCCUCCUACGGGAAUGCUCAACUCUUACGUAUGAGAAUAUGGAUUGCAAGAACAGACUCCUCCAGGCUCAUAUUAAAGAAGUUUGGCUAAAUGCACUUUAUUUUAUUGCUGCUAAUUUAGUAUUUUUUUUCCUGGUAUUUUUUUGUGUUGAGUUGAUGGAACUCUUCAAAAUCCUCUUAACAGUGAAUUUUCUCUCUGCUGUAUUUAAGAUGAUACAUUUGCAUGAAUUAUUCCUGUAUCAAUGCGGUUUAAAUUGGCAACCAAAAUAAAAAUGAAUUGGGGAAAAAAAAA